GGCAGAGGUAGAGGGCACAGAAUAAAGAGGGGGAGAAGGAGAGUAAAGAAAACAGCAAACACUAUGUGUGGUGUGUAAAGCUACAAAUAGUCACCUUUGUAGAAGAAUCAACUGUUUUGGAAGCCUCCUCCUUUAAACCUAGACUGAGGACCAUGGAGCAGGGCUGGACUCUUCCUUGGCUGGCUGCCCUUAUGCUGGCUCUGCUAGGGUUGCCAGUGUUGGGUUCAGACUUCCAGCAUCACCGCUACGAAAUGAUGGUGCGUGCAUUGUUUGCUGUGCAGAGCGAAUGCCCGUACAUUACUCGUGUAUACAGCAUCGGCCGCAGUGUGGAAGGACGACAUCUCUACGUACUGGAGUUCAGUGACAACCCAGGGAUCCACCAAGCAUUGGAACCCGAGUUCAAGUAUGUGGGCAACAUGCAUGGCAAUGAAGUCCUUGGCCGUGAGCUGCUCAUCAAGUUCUCCCAGUUUUUGUGUGAGGAGUAUCGAGCUGGUAACCAGAGGAUCACAAGGCUUAUUCACGACACACGGAUCCACAUUCUUCCCUCCAUGAAUCCUGAUGGUUAUGAGGUUGCAGCUAACCAGGGUCCUGAGUUCAACGGCUAUCUAGUUGGCAGAGGGAAUUUCCACGACAUUGAUCUCAACCGUAACUUUCCAGACCUCAAUGCCCUCAUGUAUUACUAUGAAAAGACUAACGGACGCAAUCACCACCUGCCACUGCCGGACAACUGGGAGCAACAGGUGGAACCCGAGACCUUGGCUGUCAUCAAAUGGAUGCAGAACUACAAUUUUGUCUUGUCAGCAAACCUCCAUGGUGGAGCUGUGGUGGCCAACUACCCAUUCGACAAAUCAAGGGACCCCCGGAUUAGAGGGAGGACCACCUACGCAGCCACGGCAGAUGACAAGAUAUUCAGAAAUCUGGCAAGGACUUACUCGUACGCUCACAGUUGGAUGCACAAGGGCUGGAACUGCGGUGACUACUUUGAUGAAGGCAUCACCAAUGGAGCAAGCUGGUACUCUCUGUCCAAAGGUAUGCAGGACUUCAACUACUUACACACCAACUGUUUUGAGAUCACACUCGAGCUGAGCUGUGAUAAAUUCCCUCCUGAAUCUGCGCUGCCCAGAGAGUGGCUGGCCAACAGAGAAGCCUUGGUCUCAUACGUGGAACAGGUGCAUCACGGUAUAAAAGGCAUGGUGUAUGACGUCAACAACAAUCCCAUUGCCAAUGCAGAGAUUUCUGUUGCUGACAUCAACCAUGACGUCACCACAGGAUCUGAUGGGGACUACUUCCGCCUGCUGUUGCCGGGGACCUACACUGUAACAGCCUCUGCUGCAGGACACUUUCCUUCUACCAGCACUGUGACGGUGGGGCCAGCUGAGGCUACCCAGCUUAAUUUUUACUUGAAAGUUGCACCAAAACAGAACCUGAAAUCGAAGCACAACCAUAGCAAGAAAAACUUGUCUCCUAAGACUCACCUGAAGCUGGGUCCAAGAUGAGACCACAACAGGCACGCACGCACAGAUACACACUAACACACACACCACACUCAUUUAAAUACACAAUUGUUUUGGCUCAAACUAAAUAAAUAAAAAAAUAAACACGUCCACACUUAUAUAUUUGAUUCUGUAUUUGUUGUCUAAAUUACUGUUUUACCUUUAUGUGUUGCCCUCAUAGCAUAUUUAUGUGCUCCUGUUUACCAACUCAAUAACCAGUACUUGUUAAAACGUUUAUAAUUCUGAAUACGUGGAAAUAAAUGUUUUCCUUA